AUGCUCACUGCUCACUGCUCACUGCCGGGGGGCGCAGGACGGGCCGUCGCGCGUCCGCGUGGUGGUGGUGGUGGAGCGUGGGGCGGUUUCUCCAGCGCCCAUUCUCGGAGACACGGGCAGGCGGCCCCACCGGCGCGGCAUUGGCUUGUCGACGGCGAUGGCGUCACGACUCGCUGCCGGAAUCAGAGCGUGCAUGACGGGAGUGACUGCGCGCGCGCCGUUGGAUGGACGCAUGCUCGCAUACGUAUAAUCACUCGGCGUGGUCAACGGUCCGAAUUCCUCGUCUGCCGUCCAUCUGUAAUUCGGUAUAUAUCGUGGCGCGCAGUUGCGGAUCCGUUUCGAGUCUUGGGCGACGACCACCUGCAUGACAUCUUCCCUCUAGCCUGCGGCCCUUCAACCUCACUUCUCUUUUCCGCACCGGCAACAGCAGUAACAACACCGCCGCACAUCACAUCACGAGAGCAGAACGGGGCAGAGCAGGCACAGAGCAACGGCGCCGCGGAACACACAGCAGGAAAAAGCAGCAGCCACCACCAUGUCGCUCCUCCACGCGCUGCUGCGCAUCACGUCCUUCCGCUCCCCGCUGCUGCGCGCCCUCGUCCCCUGCGCGGCCGCCGCCCUCGCCGUGCAGGCCGCCGCCGCCGCGCCCUCCAUCCUCGCCCGCUCCGAGCGCUUCUACGACGUGUCGGGCUCCGCCACCGUCCUCGCCGUCGGCGCCCUGACCUGUACCUCCCCGCGCUGCGGGCCCGCGCGGCGGGCCGCAUCGUCGAGCUGCCGAGCCUGCUUGACGCGCUGGUUCCGGGGCGGACGGGCCCGGGCGCGGCGUGGUGGAAUUGGAGGCAGAUUGUGGCGACGGGGCUGGCGAUGCUGUGGACGAUUCGGCGUGAGUGUUCCUCCACUCCCCUCCCUUCCCUCGCUUGUCGAGUUGCCGGGGCUCUUCUACCCUUUGCUCCCUUUGAUGCUAUCCGCCCUCCCGCUGUGCCCUUGUGCCUCAUCCCCUUGGCACCGGAUGGUUCAAAAACCGCAGUGGGAUCCUACCUCUUCAAGCGCGUCCUCUCCUCCGGGCACGACUCGCGCUUCGAGGGCAUCCGCGACCGCCCCGCCGCCUUUGCGGGCGCCUUUGCCGCGCAGGCCGCGUGGGUUACGCUCAUGCUCGCGCCCGUCAUCGCCCUCAACGCCGUCGUUCCCGGCACCGCCCUCGCCGCCGGCGCAGCCGCCUCGACGGGUGUCCGCGUCACGGACAUGCUGGGCCUGGGCACGUGGAUCGUGGGCUUCGGGUUCGAGGCCGUGGCGGAUGCGCAGAAGAGUCGCUGGGCGAGGGAGAAGCGCGACAAGGUGCACGACGAGGCGUUUAUGACGAGCGGGUUGUUUUCGGUCAGGUGUGUUUCUCCCCUCCCCAUUUUGCUCCCUCCUCCCCUCUCUGGUCCGGCUUGCGCAAACCGGAUAUGUGCCAACUAG